UGGGUAUAAAAAGGGAAGCGGAAAGAGAAUUGCGACAGAAUCUGUGUUCGGUGCCAAGAGAGAAGUAAGCUCGCAAAUUAAAAAAAGAAUUAAAACUCGCUCGAAAAAGAGGAAAAAUAUCAAACACAAACGUUUUCUUCUGAAGCUGAACUGGACUCUGGCUGGUACAUUUAUUUCCACCGGACGGACUGGCAAAUAAAACAUCGAUAUACAUACAUAAUUCACUCGCCCGUUCUCUUUGCUGUUGGGUUUUGUUCGUGUUUCUGCUUCAAAAUGCUGCCGAAUCUACCACUUGAAUUUACUGAAAGACUGUUUAAAUACCUCAGCGAGAAAGAUAAGCUGAGAUGGGCCCAAGUAAACAAGCAACUUGGAUGCGUUUUUGCGUACCACGCUAAAGAAAAGUAUAAGUCACUUUUCGUCGGUGAAGAAAUAAAUUCAAAUGAGGGCUACACAGACAACGAGCUACGAGUUAUUCUGACGUUCUGCGGAUCAACUGUUGAAAAUAUUUCAAUUCAACGUGUUAAGGUUAUGGACCAACUGGGAGAGCUCAUAGAAAAAAACUGCAUCAACCUCAAGCAUGCAGGUUUGAUGAUAACCGAUGAAAAUGUAGACGCGUUAAAACGUGUUGUAAACAUGAGAGGCAUUGAAAAGCUUUCCUUAGAUGUCUUGCAUUAUAGCGGAUCGGAUCUGCUCCAGCACGUGAAUCCAUACUGCAAGGAUUUGAAGUUGGAGAACAUUUCGAUGGGCCAGGAGCAACACAUAAAGAAACUGAUACACUUGGAAAAAUUGGAUGUGCAAUCGAAGGAAGCACGAAAUAUGUUCGAAAUAUGCUCCCAUCUUCCACGGCUUCGCGAAUUCACUACGAACCGUUUUGAGUAUCCCUCAGAUGUAAAACAGGAUUAUUUAUAUCCUGAAUUGGAGUCGCUGACUCUGAUCAAUUUUGAAAUGCCAUUGGACUUGCCAGUAUGUCCGAAACUCAAAAAGUUUACAUUGUUAUUGACUGUAUGCAACGCAGAAAAUAUUGCUGACAUUAUUUCAAAGUACGGAGACACACUGGAGCAUCUAGACAUCGCCUGUGAAUAAUCGACACAAAUUCUAUGCGGAGCAUACAAUAAUAGUUCUCUUAAAAUUAAGUAAAAUGUUAAUUUAUAAGUUCGCAACCCAAAUAAUACUUGUCAGUCUACCCGCGUGAUGCCGAGGAGGACGUUAAUAUACGAAAAACGAAAGAAACAACGAAGAGUUACGUUUGUUGGAACAACGACACGAUCGUUGGACAGAAAACAGAAACAAAGAGCAUACUCCAUUGAAGCGAAAAUAUAUGUGUAAGAAUCCUGAAAAUGUGUAACUCUUUUAAGAAUUAAAAUUGAGUAAAAUGUUAAUUUAUAAGUUCGCAACCCAAAUAAAACUUGUCAGUCUACCCGCGUGAUGCCGAGGAGGACGUAGAUAUACGAAAAACGAAA